AUGGUCUCAAGUUUUCGUGCUCUCUACAUUUCCGAGAUUCUUUCAGAAAUCUCAUACCAGCUAGAGGAUGAUAGAGAGUCCCUUUCACGUCUUGCACGUUGUUGCAAGGCAUUCUCAGACCCAGCUUUGGAUGUCCUGUGGAGGCGGAUGAGCCUUUUCUGUCCCUUCAUUCCACUUUUGCCCCCAAGUGUUUUGACACUUUGGGUGGAAUACCAAUUCAGUGCAGAGAGUAUCGCGGGCUUUCAAUGCCCCCCUAUGCACGAGUGGCAAGUGUUUGAUGCCUAUGCUAGGCGUGUGCGGAUUUUAUACAGCGGCGCCUCGCACUUCCUCGCAGGUGUGGUCACCAUCCGAGCAGACUUCAACGUCUUCCCCUUCCUUCGAUCCAUGUCGAUGCAGCUUCAGGAACCUAUACAACCCGGGAUCCGGUUGUUUCCUGAAACACUACAAUCACUGCAAAUUUCGGGCCCCGCGUACAUCAACUGUAAAGAUUCCUGUAUCCAGACUGCUCUUUCGCACGCGGCGCGCGAUGCACCCUUCCUGAAACAUCUGCAUGUCGAGGACUACAGCUACAACAGUAACCGCUUGGACACGCCACCCCUGCAUUUCAAACACUUGCGAAGCGUGGAGAUAUCUGCGUUCAUCAGCUCUAAUGUCCUCGGAUCAUUAUGUCGUUUGCUUUCGCAAUCACCCGUGAUCGAGCUCAAGAUCGAGCUCCCUCCUACUAGCUGUAUAUGGGAUACACCACAAUCCCUCUUCUCACAUCUGGAGAGGCUGGAAAUACAUGGCACCCCUGGGCUUGCGGAAGCCUUCAUCACCAAUAUUUCCAGUCCGCGUGUCCGCUCGCUGACUGUCAGGCACACUCGUGGGCCUGCACGACUGACAGACUGCAGCCGCUUAUUCUCUACCAUCGUAAACAAGUACGGCUCAUCACUGCAGUCGCUAUCACUCACAAUCAGCCGCUCGCCAGUACUACAUAAUCACGAUGGCGUGGCGCAUGAUAUAAUGGAUGCGCUGUUCCCUUUGAUGCCGAAUUUCGAGCACUUGGAGGAACUGCAUUUAUCAUUGCCCAGUGCAACUCAAGUUGACGACUACCCUGCUGUUGAAGUGUCUGGUUGGCCAGCUCUGAGGAGGGUGGAGUUCAUGGCCACAUGA